UGGACAUAACCUUGUACCACGCUGUCAGCUUCAGCAUUCAGGUCUUCUCACGUGGUGUUCGGAUUGGUUGGGUUCGUAGAUUGCCUAUUUAUUUACUGCAAUCAUGAAGAUGAACAAGUUAGUGACCUCUUCUAGGAGGAAAAAUCGCAAACGUCAUUUCACAGCACCAUCUCAUAUUAGAAGGAAAUUGAUGUCUUCUCCUCUCUCCAAAGAACUUAGGCAGAAAUACAAUGUCCGCACCAUGCCUGUUAGGAAAGAUGAUGAAGUUCAAGUUGUUCGAGGACAUUAUAAAGGACAGCAGGUAGGCAAAGUUAUUCAGGUAUACAGAAAGAAGUUUGUUAUUUAUAUCGAGAGAAUUCAAAGAGAGAAAGCCAAUGGUGCCAGUGUGUAUGUUGGCAUCCACCCUUCCAAAACGGUCAUUGUUAAACUAAAAAUUGACAAAGACAGGAAAGAAAUUUUGGAUAGAAGAUCCAGAGGAAGAGCUCUAGCCCUUGGAAAAGACAAAGGAAAGUACACCGAUGAGAACACAGCAAUGGAUACAUCUUAAAAAGUAACUUCUAAUUGUGUACAUAAAGCUUUAUAUUGAUGUGAAAAUAGUAAUUUUUAUGUAUACUGAUAAUUCCUUUUUUUAAUGAAGUUUUUUUUUUUUGUUCAACCAUACUCUUGAAAAGUUCAAUUUUAGUAUUUUCUAUAAUUAACUGUUAAAUUUUAAAAUUUCUUAACUCAUGACUGUUCAAUUGAUUAUGAUAAACAUAAAUCAUAUUCUUUGUAUCUAAUCUAAAUGUUCUUUUUAUUAUAUUCAGUUCACCAAGUUUAAAGUUUUUUUUAAGAUGUUGAAAUAAAUGUUUACU